GGUUCAUUUUAUUUUAUGGCCACUGAUAGAAAGCAAUUUGAGUGUCUUUAGAAGCAAAAAGAAAACAAAAAGAACGUCUGCCUUGCCUCUUUAUUUAGUAAAUGUGAGAUGGCAUGCUACUUUUUUGUCAGCGUGUCAAGAUUAUUAUACUGAGACUUUAAAAAAUAGAUUCAGAAAUAUACAUGUCUAUCUUAAAGUAACAGUCAGAUGGCAGUAUGAGAAAAAAAAGUUUGUUUGUUUAAAAAUUCCCCUGCAAUUAGGAGACCAGUGAUUUCCCUUUAACAUCACAUGGGACUUAAACUUGGAGCUUCGCUUGUGUUCACUAUCACUUAUAACUGACAGUUUUAUGAAAUUGGGGGUUAAUGGAAAGUAUAUUGUAUAGAUAAGAAUGAGGAGUAAUUACAACAAGCAAACUGUUUUAGUAUAGGUUUGAACACUGGGCUAUUGCUUUAAACCAGAUUUGAAUCCUGUCUCUCUCCCUAUGAGAACUGUUUAUAAUUAAAAUAUUUACAGUUAUGAUCAAACAUUAACAUUUUAAUGAGUAACCAGUACCAGUAAAACAGAUAGCAGUUGGCAGGAGGUAAUAGAAGAGCUGUAAAAGAAAAAAGAGAAGGCUUUGUCUGAUUUUUUAAAAAGUCAUGUGUCCACUUAAACUUGGAAUUUUUGUUUUAUCUGAGCCACUGGUGAUGCUGGAGCUCAUAAGCUGGAACACCACUCUGGGACUUUGUUAAUGGUUCAAACAUAUGUGCAAGGGUUCUCUAGAGGAGAAAAAGAGAGAUGAAAAAGACAGUUCUAAUUAAUUUAAAAAGUAACAGAUCCCAAAGGACACUUUUGUUUGUUUUUCUUACACUGAGAAAGCCACUUGGUAAUGCCAGGUAACUCAGUAUUACCUGACAUCCCUGGUGUUCCUACAUCUCCUCAUCCUCUUGAUAAUAUAGCCAGUAAAAAUUAAUUUAUUCUUUUAUGUAGAUUCCAAAUAUGGGAUGACUGAUUGCACCUGAGUUCAUCACGGUAAGUGACUGCACCUGUGGGAGGGAGAGCCCGAGAAUAUUUAAAGGAGCUCAGUGAACAGGCAUGUAUUGUUCUGGAGUGAGGAAGCUGGUGAGUGUAGCUUGUGACUCAGCCAAGCAAGCUGCAGCCUGUUUUGCUUUUAAUUUUGGGAGAAGUGUUCUAGUUGCAUCCUGAUUCCACUGUUUUGGGACUCCAAUGAAGCUCAGACCCUUGGGGGAAUAUUGAACCCAGGAAGAGUGGAGUGUUGGCAGUGAAUAUGACUAUCCCAAAUACUCUCAUUAGAGUUGUCCAGUCGAUUGGAACGGACAUCAUUGGGACGCUGAGGCCCGAGUACCGGGAUCGUAUCCUGGUAUUUGAGAAUGGGACUCUGCUUCUCCACAACCUCAGGUUUGCUGAUGAUGGAACAUAUGACGUAGAGAUCUCCAUCACAGAUGAUACCUUUCCAGGAGAGGGCAGCAUCACACUCACUGUGGAUGAACCUAUUUCCAGGCCUUAUAUCCACAUGGAGUCUUCAUCAUUACUGGAGCUUAGCGAAAAUGUUGUCCUCAACUGCUCUCACGACAAUGGAACCAGGACUACAUACAGGUGGUUCAAAGGCGGAAAACUCCUGACCAAUGAGACAAGGUUCGUGUUUUCUCCUGAUCAGAAGCUUUUGACCAUCAAGCGGGUGUUGAUGGCAGAUGAUGAUGUCUACAGCUGCACAGUGGAGAAUCCAGUGGGAAAUAUGACAAGUCUGCCAAUUAGACUGACUGUGUACAAAAGAAGUUCCCUUUAUAUUAUCCUUUCUACUGGAGGCAUCUUUCUUUUGAUCACCUUGGUGACUAUAUGUGCCUGCUGGACACCUUCUAAAAAACCAAGACAGCCCCCUAGAAAGCACCUCUCCAGGUUUUAUAACCGUUCUCACCAAACACCAAUCAAUCACACAGAUUGUGUGCUUCCAAAAAUACCACAGCACAAUGGGAUAAAUGCAGUAACUUCACUUUAUAUCCUCCAGCAAAAGGAUCCUUCCACAGAUGACUCCUCCAGCAACAGUAUUGGAUCUCCAUCUGAACUUGACAACCCACCAUGCUACACCACUUCCCCCACAUAUACUGGUCCUAUUACUCUUACUGCUGGCUCCCCUGCUCGCAUCUCCUGUAAGCAUACCUGAUAGCUCAUCAGUUUAAACAGUCCACAGUGCAACAAACAGAAGGUUACAUGCUCUACAGUCUACUGCUCCAAAAUGCAAAGUACUCUGGACAUCCUGGAGUUUGUCAUAAAAUGAAGAAAAUGCUGUAAAUUAAACACUGUAACUUAAAUAACAGUUGUUUUAAAGUUUAGUAGCACAGCCUGGAAUGAAAUAUGAGGACAGUUUGACAUUAGAGUCAAAAUGUUUCAGUUUUUGUAAGAUUUAAAAUUUUUAUUUGGUUUGUUACUCAACACCAUUGCAGUCUGUUACAUGUCUGGAAUGACAUGUAACUGACUUGUUACAUGUUAUCUCUCUGUUAUGUGAAAUCUUCUGUAUACAUAAAAAUACAGAUUACUUUGUGAAAUAAUGUAAAUUAGUAUUUUAGUUCUACUAGAUGGCUUAAUUUAUGUGUAUACAGCGACAAAACCAUGUUGGGGUAGGAUGGGGGCCAUGGUAUUUGAAUUUUAUACAUACUUUAAUAAAAAUGUAGAAUUA